AUGCCUGCCAAACGCACCGCCGCCGCCGCCGGCCCCGUCCCCGCACCCUCACCUCCAACUAUACCUUCAUCCUCAACCACCACCGCUGCUGCUACUCCUGCCUCCUCCUCCUCCUCCUCCCUCUCCUCCGGUCCCAAGACCCUAACCACCAACUCCUCCGUCCUCGACAUCGCCCACACCGUGUGGCAGCAAUACCUCGCCACCACCCCGCAGCGCACGCUCCUGCUCGACGCCUUCAUGGGCUUUUUGGUCCUGGUCGGCGGCGUGCAAUUCCUCUACUGUGUUCUGGCCGGCAAUUACCCCUUCAACGCCUUCCUGAGCGGCUUCUCGGCGGCGGUGGGCCAGUUCGUGCUUACCGCUAGUUUGCGCAUGCAAACUUCCUCUUCUUCGACUUCGGCUGCGGCGGUCGCGUCUGGUGGGAAGGGCGCGAAGGGGAAAGCUGCUGCUGCUACCGCUGCCGCGUUGGGGAGUGAGACUGGGGGGGAUGGGAUUUCGCAUGAGAGGGCGUUCGCGGAUUAUAUCUUCGGGAGUUUGAUCUUGCAUUUCUUCUGUAUCAACUUUAUCAACUGA